CUUCAAACGCGAGUCUGUCACGAGCUACGUAGUAAACAAAGAAGGGUCAAGGGAGUCAUAAAAGUACGAAUUAUUAUUAUUACGCGAUAUACACACUCCUCGCAUUAGAACGAACUGUAUUAAGACAAGAUGUCGAGUGAUAUAAAUAGUUUUCCAACGAACUAACCCAAAAUAAUUUUACCGGUAUCGUUCAAUAAGAAACACCGCGACUAACCUAUCGCGGUCGAUAACCAUCUAGGUAAAGUUUCAGUUUAUGGCCUCCCUUUGGCUUCGAAACAGGAAUACGUGUGGACAUCUGUGCGUGCGGCUAGCACAACUGUCGUGUACGUGAGAGUGCAUGCGUGGGUGUCGCAGCAGGCGUUUCUUUAUGAAUAGAGAAAUAGUCCUCGCGACUUGAGUGCCUUGUGAGUCGGUAGUGUUAAUUUCUCAGUGAAAACUUGUGCCGGAAUUGAGUAAAAAGAAAAUUGGAGUCGUACGCGACAAAAGAAGCGUUACCGACCGCUCAUCGGAAUUGAACGAGCAACAUCAUUAAUGCACGCGUGCUAGACACCGAGGAACGGGGAAGGGGCAACAAAAACACCUGUAUAUCGAAUAUACAGGUACACAGGAGACAUCGCGGGAAUGAAAGCAGUCUCGUCUCGAUAAUCGCGAAAAUCACGAUGGAGGGGUCUUUACCACCGGAAGCGUCGUGCAACAUCGCCUAACCGUGAAGAUUUCUUACGUCGCGUCGCUUUUGUUCGAUACCUAAGGGCUUCGAAAGGCAAAUAGAACGCGAGAUCGUGCAUCGGCGAUUUAGUCUGGCCGGUUCAUCCGUUUGGCUGGUCGUCUACCCCUUCUAAACCGUCCUGACACAACGUUUAACGGGGGUACAAAAAGAAUAAACAUGGUGGCGGCGCGAGAGAGAUAGAAGACGCGGCGUGGCGAGAGGAGGGAGAAAGAGAGUCAGCCAGCCAGCUAGCCAGCCAGCCAGUCAGUGUGCCAGAAGCGACGAACUCCGCUUCGUGUCGUCUUUGUUUCUAUGAAAAAAAUUCGUCGUUCCUGUACACAUCCACCCAUUUCUCCGAUUCGUCUGGUUCUCAGUGAACAAGCACCCGGAUACAGGAGUCGGAACGAUUAAUGCCGAGAGAACUGAGUUUCACUUGUAAACAGUUAUCAAGGUGCGGCCACGUUCUUCGUGUUCGCGGUGUUUGCUUCGAUUUUCAUGCGUACGGGGUCCACGACCGAGCGUGCGAGAAAUUCAGUAUAUCGUCUGGCAACACGGUGGCUCGAUUUCGGCUUGGAGCCGCCGCAGGGGUGAUAUGAUAUGUCGGUGCCGGUGGAAUUUCGCAUGAUUCGAUGCCGGUGACGAUGACAAAGUUUCUUUGAAUUUCGAUCGCAUAGAAUGUGAACGAUUCGGCGACAAGCACGCGCGAACUAUCGAUCAAUUCCUCGACGCAUUGUAAAUAGAAGAUAUAAUGUUCAAUCGAUACCACGAAUAACUGUUCUCGCGAACGCUCGAAAAUUUCUUUCAAUCGUAAUCACGCGAAUCGUAAAGUCUCGGGAUGCGAAGAAUUACGGUCGUUGAAAUGUAUCGACGAACAUCGACGAUCGAGAAUCGUGCACGACGAGGACGCGUCUGAUGACGAAAAUCCACGGAUCCUUGCGACGAGUCGUCCGAUACGAAUCGUAUGGCGCUUCUGGUCAGUGAUUACGGUUCGAGAAAGGCGAAUCUGUCGGAGAGCGUCUAUCGAAGCGGUGAAGAGCGAUUCGCAAAGUCAAAGAUACGCGCACGAGUUUCCAUUGGAGAUAUACGUUUCGCGGAGCAAAGGAAAAGGUUCGAUGGAGCGAAGUGGUCAAACUUGGUCGGCCCGGUGCCAAUAACUUCCGGUUAGGAGGUAGACAGUUUUCGCACGAUGCGUUUGCCCUCGUGCACGAUAGAUUAUAAAAUUAGACGUUCGAAAGCUCGCACGAAGGUAAAAGGAGCACAUCGUUUCCAUGCGGUAAAGAAGGUGGAGACACUGGCUGGUGGUAACGAGCGAAGGGUCAAGCGACGAAGGGAAUUAAUACGAGUUGGAUGAAUAAUUCCCAGGGGGGUAGACAGCUGUGCGUGGUCGGAAGUGACGUCAGACGGUGGGUUCAUAGUUCCUCUUAUUUUUCUCAUUCGUGCGUCGUGGCCGUGCCGAGGGGUGCGUUCUCGUGACGAACGAAACCACCCGAACAAAGAGAAUAGAAAAAAAUAGACCCAAGACACCAACCGGAGGGGGUCGGUCAUCAUACCGCUCAUAUCGUCGCCAAGCGAAUUGCAUCGCAAUUUCUAGUCCGCUGCAUUUACAUCGAGUCUUUUUUUUUUUUUUUUCUUCUCGACAAAAUAUUUUUAGACGAUCGAUUUUAUUUCGAACCGCACGUGUGCCGAGUCUUCACGCUCCGGUGUUUUGGGAUCGAGAAACAUCCCGUCGAGUGGUUUCUAACGAGUCCGACGCUGCGCACUCGUCGAGGGCCCGUCCGUCGGGAACACGUUUGGCCACGUUUCGAGAGAGAGACAUAAUUUUCGAACUUCGUCGCACUGGAAUAAAACAGAAAAAGAAAAGAAGCAUUUCACGCAUUCAUAUUUCGACACAGACGAGAACGAGACUGAAAGUAUCGCGUUAAUUAGUCGAUUAAUUUAUUUAAAAUAAAAGAAAAAAGAAAAGAAAGGAAAGAAACAUAGAACCACGAUCGUCGCGAAGCGUCCGUUCGACGGCAGAUGAAGCUUCGCACCAUCCCACGAUAAAUCGACCGUGGAUCCGCGAAGUCUAGAAAAUUUCUACGAGACGAGCUACGUAUAACGAUUCUGCUCGGCUAGCGUUAACCAUAAUGAACCAACAUGUUUUAUAUCCAAACGACAAUACAUUGUAACGCGUCAGAGAAUAUCGCUAGCGUGGGAAUAAAGAGACGUUGAGAGGGCACAAUCACAUAUUUGCGAUCGAUGGGUCCGAUUGUUCCUUAUCUUAUCUGUACGAGUAAUCGUCGAACGGUCGCGAUGACAAACACCGAGGUAUCGUAGAAGACGGAAGUGGAUCUCUCGGAGGUAAACUCUGUUCGAAAAGAAGGACGAGUAAACCACACGCUUCUAAAUCACCGUCAAAUGGACACAAAUGACUAGCUUAACGAUAUCGGCAAGCACAAUCGAGAUGCCCCUGUCAAGACCGAAUUCGUUCGUACCCGCGAGCACGAUGCUGACGCAGACGUACAUCUCGUCGAACGAGAACAAUCAUCUGCCACCGUUGAAGGCCAACAAGCCCUUCACGCCGUUGGUCCUGAAGCAGCCCACCAGCGAGUCGUCGCCUAGUCACUUGGCUCAUCCCGGUCACAUGGUCGGCACUCACCUGCCAAGCUUGAGCUCGAGCGCCAACAACAGCCUGCUGAGCCUGAUCGGGAACUCGGACAGCCUGAACCUCAGCCUGGGCUCGUACACCAGUCACAAUUCGAGCCACAAUUCGAGUCAAAAUUCCAGUCACAAUUCCAGUCACAACUCGCACACGCAGCCCAACAGUCAGACGAGCACCGCCCUGGUGAAGAACGGCCGCGCUGACGGCAGUUCCAGCGGCACCGCUAGCGGCAAAGCGAGGAGACUCGCCAUCACUCCUGAGGUGGCGUUGAAGUUAUUCUCGGACAAGCUCACUCCUUACGAGCACACCGAGGUCUUCGCCUACCCGCAGAUAUACUUCAUCGGGUCGAACGCGAAGAAAAGGCCGGGCAUCAUCGGCCGACCGAACAACAACGACUACGACAACGAUCAGGGUUCCUACAUCCACGUGACCCAUGAUCACGUGGCCUACAGGUACGAGGUGCUCAGGGUGAUCGGCAAGGGUUCGUUCGGUCAAGUGGUGAAAGCGUACGAUCACAAGAUGCUGGAACUGGUCGCGUUGAAGAUGGUCAGGAACGAGAAGAGGUUCCAUCGUCAGGCUCAGGAGGAGAUCAGGAUAUUGAGGAAGCUUCGGGAACAGGACAAGAACGACACGAUGAAUAUUAUACACAUGUUCGACUCGUUCACGUUCCGUUUCCAUACGUGCAUCACCUUCGAAUUGCUCAGUAUGAACCUGUACGAGCUGAUCAAGAAGAACAAGUUCCAGGGCUUCAGCAUGCAGCUCGUCAGGAGGUUCGCGCACUCGUUGCUUCAGUGCCUCGACGCUCUCUACAAGAACAAAAUCAUUCACUGCGACAUGAAGCCGGAGAACGUUCUUUUGAAGCAACAGAGACGGAGCGGCAUCAAGGUGAUCGACUUCGGUUCCAGCUGCUACGAGAACCAGCGCGUGUACACCUACAUUCAGAGUCGGUUCUACCGCGCCCCAGAGGUGAUCCUCGGCGCGAAGUACGGUAUGCCGAUCGACAUGUGGAGCCUCGGAUGCAUAAUCGUCGAGCUGGUGACGGGUUUCCCUCUGUUGCCCGGCGAGGACGAGGCGGAUCAGCUGGCCUGCAUAAUCGAGCUGCUGGGCAUGCCGCCGCCUCGGUUGCUGGAAUCCGCGAAACGGUCCAGACAGUUCAUCAGCUCGAAAGGUUAUCCGCGGUAUUGCACCACCGUAACGAUGCCGAACAACUCGAUCCUAUUGAGCGGCGGUUACUCCAGAAAAGGUAAGCGCCGCGGACCACCCGGCUCCAAGAAUCUUCGACGGGUGUUGAAGGACUGCAAAGACGUGCACUUCCUCGACUUCAUCGACCGCUGCCUGGAGUGGGACCCCGACCAGAGGAUGACGCCCAGCACAGCCCUGAAGCACGACUGGCUGCGUCGCAGGUUACCAGAGCCACCCGAGAUGACCAACAACAACGCUCUUCCAGCGGUUCCGGAGGCUGUCGCGCCCCCAGCUUCCGCCACCAGGUUGCGUAUCUCGGGUUCGGGCAGCAGGAGCUCGAGCAAGUCGAACAACGCCGCGCAGACGAAUAACGCCGAGCCCACGAACAAGUCAGGUACGGCGGUGACGACGAAUCACCAAGCGGCCGUCAGCAAUCAUCAGCCGCUGAACUCUGGUGCCGGUGGUGGUGUUGGUGGUGGUGGUGGCGGUGGCAGCGGUAGUACUAGUGGUGAGCAGCCACACGGCCAUCAAUUGCAGGGACAACAGCACAAUAACGGUUCGCGCGGCUCCCAUGGAUCGCACGGAUCCUCGCACGAUAGUCACAGCUCUCACGGCUCCUCGAGCGGAUCGAGCAGGCUGGUGAUCAGGAGUAUCAAGGACCUCCCCGAAGAGCUGAGACGAUUCAAAUGAAACACGAGGCCACCCUUUCUCGGUUCCGACGCGCUCGGUAUCGUCAUGUCGUUUUCGUUGCUGGUCCCCACGCAACAACGCUACGCCACGGUGGGAAGCGAUCGUCGAGGAUUGACCGACGGCGCCUUCUGCGUGUGGUAACGUUGCUCGACGAGGUUUGCUCAGAGUUGAACGAGAGAGGGUGGCCUCGGCGUCAACCUCGGUUAUUACUGUGAUCUAAGCGAUACGUUACUGAAACGCUGCUAACGAGGGACUAGAGCUCGGUCGCGAUACCCUCGAAAUCAACACGGUACCCUACGCUUCUGCCACGCGUUGUGCGCCGAUCCGUUCGUCCGACAUCCUCGUCGACCGUUGUUCGUUGAGUAAUCGAGGUCCCGUAACAGAGGAAUCGACUUGGGAAAUUUUGACUUUCCCCAACAAGUACCCAACUUCAUCGAACGCUGUCACACUCUCGAGCAUCCUAGCUGCCCUGGACGAGGCAGGAGGGUUGGAUGACUUCCUUUGGAUAGAACACCCGGCAAAUCUUCCGAGUCGAUUCUUUCCAUUGCCUUACCUCGAUAGACGUUGCAUGCGACGAUUAAUAAUUUUGCGGUCGACCCAAGAUCGGAUUUGCGUGACGUCUGUGCACCCGUUGCUCGUCGCGUCCUAGUAUCGAGGUUAUUGUGCCGAGGGAAGCCGAGAACCAAAGAUUUGCGCAACGUCGAUGAAUCGAUUUCUCCGGUAGGCGAAGAAGGGUUAUUCGGUUGACGGGGGCUGACAGGACGACCGCGAUGAAGCCUGAUUUGGGACGUCAACGCGUUAACCAACGUCUCGCGCACGCGCGACGCGAGCCUCUCGAGCGAGCAGGAAUCUAAUAAUCAAAGGGCAUGUGCCUCGCUGAAUAGAGUCAUCUGGCCUUUUUAGGUCAGAGGAUCUCCCCCUUCGUGACGCUAUCGAUAUCGAGCAGAAGAGAACGUUGAUUUUCCGUUCCGACCGAACAAGUACUUGUUAUCGAUCAAAGGAAGCCCAAGUUGUCUUUCGAUUCGAGCGGAGUAGACUGAAGCGAUCUCCCGGAGUGAAUAAAUUCCCUAUAAAAACGCUCGAGCCGCGACAUUGUAGAAUCGACGGGAACGCCGUCGAUCGAUGCGCGACUACUUGCUUUUAUUAUCUCUCUCUUUUUUUUUUUUUUGUUACGUUUCGAAUAAGUAUUUUAGCCGCGUCAAUUUGUAAAUUAACCAACGACGGACUUCGAGAAACGGGAAUAAUCGAAGUCGAUCGGUUCGGGGUAUCCCUGCGAUCGUGCCUCUUCCGCGUUGAAGUAGACUGUACAGAGGAAUUGAAACUGAAUCCAACUCUGUCGAUUUGAGAGGUAUACGCUAUGCGCAAUUAGUCAUUUAUACGAGUCGAACUAAACGGUCUGUCUUUAGGUUCGAUAAAAAAGACACGGUUGGAUAGUUAACCUUUUGAACCUUGUCUUUCUCGUUCUGGGCAUGACUAGAUUAAUCGUGUUUUCUUUUAAAGUCUUCUGAUUCGUACUUCUCUCUCUUUUUUUUUAUUUUUAUUUUAAAUUGUUAUCCACGUAGUUUUUAAGUUUCGACCAAGUUCUCGCGUGUAAAUACUCAAGGACUGUCUUGCAUUUUAACACUGCCUUUCUUUCGUUUUUGUAUUUUUAUUGUUUUUUUUUAUCGUUCCUUCGCAACUUCACUGCCCACUGGCAUUUACGAUUCGAUUUACAAUGGAAGGGAAGGCAAUCGUAGCGGAGAAAUAACGUGGAUGCCUCUAGAUGCAAUUCAGAUUCGGUGAUGAGAAUGUUUGACGAAGCUUAUUUUACUGUUGAUCAGGAUCUCGCGCGAUACAAACCGACCACUGAUAACAUUAUUAUCACGCAGACGGGAUUUACGGACGAGGAGCCGGAUUUCUCUCGUAUCGUGAACAUUCUUCAGGGGUAUGCUUUAUGGCUCGUUGCAGUAAAACGCAGGCAUAGACUCGAGUGUCUUCGUUGCGUUUGAAUUGACGAAGUGAAAGCAAUCGAAGAUUCACGACUUGGAGGCUAAAGGGAAGAGGGAAUUCUGAAAAUUACCUUUUUCUUUAUAUCCAAGCUAUGCAACAGCUGGAUUCAACGCUGUGCGUAGGCAGUCGCAAGGGUAUAUCAAUUUGACAGAAACAAAAUUAGAGAGUUCUUAUAAUCUUAUAGGUAUGAAAAUCUCCCUCGAUCCAUGUUUGAACACGUUCCAAAAAUAUAAAUAUUUAAUAAUCUCUUGAGCAAAAUUCAAAAAAUAUAAACCUUUCGUCUCCGUUUGUAAAUCCAACCCCAACGGAGACACUCGAGUGUAUAAUUCGAGACGCCUCUGUCCACGGGAGAUUUCAGUAAAUAUCUUGGAAUUCAGAAAACGAUACUCCAAGAAAGUAGAAAACAGCGUAUCCUCGCGUCGGACCAAACGACUCGAUGAAAUUUUCCCUCGGCAUUUUCCGUUCCCCGUAGCGCAGUGUUGGGCAAAAUGUAAUCCAUGGUUGCGAUCACGAUAACACCUCGAGUUACGCGAAUUUACAGACACCUGUCCAUCCUCCUAUAUCCUCGUACGUACUUUGUGUAUGCGUAUACAUAUACAUAUACGCAUAUGGAAGAAAGUUUUCUCCAAUUUCUCUCUUUUGCUGGAAGGAUUGCAGGUCUGUUCAACUGCAAUUUGCUUCUGUAACAAAAAUUGCACGCGAAAUCUAUCGUAGGGAGGAAAGAAAAAGGCUGACAGGAAUUGUUAGACGUAAGACUGAUGGUUCUCAAAGCCAAGACUGAUAUUUAUUCUUCCCUACGAUACAUUGUAGAUUUUUUAUCUUAAAUGUGGAUGAUACGGUACAGUAGAACCUCACUUAUUCGAUUACUAGUUCAGAUAAUAGAGGUCCACUAGCUAUCCCCUCCGUGAUAGUUUAGGUAAUAGAAGUUAGAGGCUGCUAGAGGGUGCUGAGUUCAGGUACGGAGGGUUAGGGACUACUGAGCUCGGCUGCAGGAGACUAGAGACUACUAAGCUUAGAUACGGAGGACUAGAGGUCACUGAGCUCAACUACGGGGUACUAGAGGAUACUAAGAUCAGCUACGAGUUCCCAUAUCCGAGGUCGAGCAUAAUUUUGUUCGUAUAAAUAAACGAGGCGCGGAUAAACGAGGUUCUACUGCACCUAAAUCUAAACCACUACUAGCGAAUGUGCCCGUCACAGUAAUCUGUGGAAGUUACAAUGCUAUUUGUUAACUUCUUCGUCUCGUAAACAGAUAACUUCGUAAUGAUCCACAUCUCAAAAGGAUAUUUCCAAACGAUUCAAUCUCCCCUCACCUUGUAUCACCUUAUAUUUACAUUCAACCGCGCAAGUCGAGGAUUUACUUUUCCACCUAAUCAGCACUGACGAUGAAAAGAUCGUCGAAUCGCCAGACACGAUCAUCUCCGAUAGAUUACAACUUACAGAUUUUUGUUUGCAGAUUAAAAAUUGUACCGGUUAAUCUGCCAACUAUGAGCGAUCGUUGCUAAGGUAAUCGCUAGACCACGGAUUUUAUGCAUUUAUGACGUGCAAUAAAAUAGAAAACAUACAUAAAUUAUACACAAUGUGUGUCGAAUAUAUUCUAUAAUUAUUAUGAUAAUGUUAUUUCGUUUCGCAUAACGUCUCGCAUACCUUCUGGUUACGUUUAACAUGUAUUUAUUACAUUAGUUUGUAUCGUGAAUGCAAAAGAUCCGCUGUAAUUACAAAGGUGUCGCGUUGCGGCGACAAAGGAAUCGGUAUCGUAGUCACAAAGGAAUCCAUCGCCCAACUCUGCCCGCGACUCGUCGAACGGAGGAACGGAAUUCGGUUUGUAAUCCAUUACCGUCGCGAUUGCACAACUCCUGUUGCGUUAGCAGGCUUUGACAGGGGUUUCGACGAACGUCGAAUAAACAAAGACUGGCGAAGCAUCGACGUGCGCGAAUCUUCGCGGAGCGGGUGUUGCGCCGUUGCAUCCUCGCUGAGCGGCGACCCUGGCACAAGUGAAUUCAUGCUAAUUUUAGUUAGACAGAACGAACCGGAGCCGCGUAAAAGGAGCAUUACGGAUGUUGACGGAAGGUCGCGGGAGAACGCGAGACGCGGAUGAGCCAACGAUCAAAGAGAACCACGGUUAGGGAACGGGCGGUUAGAGGACGCGAUCAGGUGGUAGAGAAAAAGCAAAGAGGGAGGAAAGAGGCGACGAGACCAGCAACGACAUCGGACGAUCCCAAACGAAGAAGUCGAGAAACUUGAAAGCGAAACCGAGAGAAGCUGCGAGGGGAGUUUAUUAGAAAUCGUGAUACUGAACAGGAUAUCUUGUGAUAUGGAAUUUAGGUGUAUUUGGGGUUCGCAUCGGUGAACAUAGAUAAAUAUAUAUAUAAGUAUAAAUAUAAAUAUGAAGUGCGUAUAUAUAUAUGAUUAUGUUAUGUUGUAACGCUAACUAAAACGCCACGGAUUAUAAGAGCACAUGCGUAGUGAGAUGUAGCUAAUAUGCGUUAUGAGGAGCGAGAAAGAACAACGGGUUCGUGAAACGUUUGCACGGUGUAUAAUGGUUGUCUUUCACGAUUCCUGUUCUCCGUUCUUACUUUUCUUUUUCUUUUUGUCUUUUCCUUUCUUUUCGUUUUUGUGAUUAUUAACGUUCUCGUUCGAAUCCUUCGUUUCGGAGACUUGUACAACCGCGAUCGUGCUGGCCGUUUACCGAUUCAUUUCUUGAAGAAAGAAUGAUCGUCGCAUGUGGUGGGGGGCAAUUUUUCGAUACAACUACCGUACGUCGAUUCAUUCGGAGAUGAACACACUUACUCGAAUAAAAAAUAUCUGAUGGCGAACAAAAGAUAAACCAUCUCUGAACAACUUUUUGAGUAAAUAAUUCUUUCUCUAGAUUCUUUUCUACUAAUGCAAAAGGAUCAAACAAAUUAGUACUAAUUUCACAAACACAAGUUUCUUCUUUUAGUGCUUAACUUGACGCAUUUACUUUAAUUUAGCACCUCGUUUAAUCGAAUACCAUUCGUACCGCUCUACAGAGUAAAUUUAUUCGUCAUUUGUUAUUCGAAUAAAAUUGUGCUCAUCUCUCUUGUACACACUUGUUUCCGGUGUAUCGCAUCGAAGGCUCGCCCUCCUGGUCGAAGAAGAAACAGAAAACGAGCGCCGUCGAUCGAUCUUUAGAUCCAAGAUCGAUCGUUAAAUACCACUGCCAAUAUAAUACCUUUCCUAAAAUAUUUCGGCUCUCGUUUUCACGCAAGGUACAAGCGACGUCGCAUUGUAUUAUUUACAAACCUAGUCUCCCCCCAAUCUCUGACGAAAUUUUAAUAAUUCGCGUUGCGCUCGCAUGAUAUUAUAUACCCGUCGAAAUGCGUUUAUCUACGUGUGUCGUGGUGUCCUUCCUGUUUUUGUUUCUUUAUUUUAUGCAAAACGGACACACACACACACACACAUACACACACAUACACGCAGGGAACGUUUGAAAGUGGGAAGACCUCUUAUCGGUCACUCUGCUUCAACUGUGAUUAACGUUGCGACAGGUUCGUUGCUUGUCCGUGCAAACUUCGGCUCAAAAGACUAUCUUUGUGUGCGCACCCGUUUGACGGAUCUCGAGGAAGAUUGCGCGCGGAAAAUUGAUUCAGGCCUGAUACACGAGUAAGCGAUUAUCGAUCCUCAUCUUUUUCUUUUUUUCUCUCGCUUAGUUUCUUUGUUUUUCCUUUUCCUUUUUCCUUUCUAGCGCUUUUUACCCGCUCAUGCAACGCGACCCGGCGUCGAUCAGGUUUAAGCGAUAGACUCCGAGCUUGUAAACGCACGGGCAGGAUAUGAGGGCAGGUUUCAAGGCCGUGGCUUUAACUCAAGGCGUAAGAAACUGCGUUCCGAUUAUCUGGAAGACGCGCGAGGAUUCCUCAUCGCGAUGAAAACGUUAUCGGAAAGGGAAAGUAUCGCGGUACAGUUUUCGUUGCGUGCUUCCCUCUGGUCUAAGGUGUACUAUCGAUUAUUAUAUCGGAAAUAGCGGGGUGGCAUUUUCAAUUUGAAUGGGCCAGGUGGACAGCGCGAGCAUUGUCGUUAGACUGCGGAUGUUUAAGGGCGUUUAUUAAUUACGUAAAGACAAUUUUGGCUAAUUUCAACCCCCUUCAUGUAAGGACGCGUAAGAAUCUCCUCUUCUCCCUCAUCUUAAAUGCCUUUAGAAAAGGUUCAGUUACGCUAAAACACAUUAUUAUUUGACAUCAAUCGAAGAUUCUUGUUUUAAUAAUAUUGGGUUUGUCCGGAAAGUCCAUGUCGAUUUUUGGUAGGUAGUACAGGUCUGGUUGUGGAACAAAAUGGCAUCUAUGUAAUUCAAUAAAUAUAUAUUAAAAUUCAAACGUGUUUUUGAAUUUUUCUUAGAAAUUGACACGAACUUUCUGGACAACCUAAUAAUAACAACAGUAAUGUAUUACGUGAGAAUGAUUUUCACCCCUUCACCUAUUAAUUACGUAAUUAACGAAUGACCCCUUAUGCAUUUAUGCCAAAUGAAAGUAUGAGGAUUCAUAAGAAUGUGGACACGCGCAAAAUUGUAUAAAAUAUCAUCAUUAAUACACGUGUUAUACCAUUUAGAAAAUAAGAUGUACCGUCAUUUAAAUUUAUAUUCUUCUUCUGUGUCUGUGAAAUUGCGAAUGCGAACGAAUGUCCGCAGUCUACUCGUUACGAAUAGCACACGUCUCGAUUUCUGGUUCAGGUUCCAAACAGUACGCACGAACGUAAUCUAAAAUCUGUACUCGUGUGUCGCCGCCAUCCCCCCCCCCCCCCCCCCUGAGAAACGUAUGCCACGAAUCAUAGCGCAACCCCAACGUUUCAGCCACCAACCAUUUAGUUAGAAAGCGUACGAAAAUGUCCAUCAACCCGCGAACGAACUAUUUUCUACGUUGUAACCGCCAAUUUCUUACACACGAGACUUUCCAGGAAUUAUUUAUAUCGAAUUCCUGGAUCGCGUUAGGCAAUAGUGGGUCAAAGCGACGAGUUCGUUGAUCCAACGUUCCCGCAGCGAACGAGACUGUAAAAUGCUAAUGGGGAAGGACGAGACGAGAGAGGGAUGUAGCGCCGCGGAAGAGAGGGCUUAGAUACUGCGCUGUUUCAAUAUAUAUUUCUGUAUAUUUGUAACUCGUGAGCGUUUGUACGGUAAUUAAGGAGUUCGUAAUUAAUCUCCAAGGACGCAGAUUUAUUGGUCGGAUCGACGUGGCGCGGUAGCCUCAGGUUCGUUGAACGCGACCGCCCCGUUCCGUGACCUUCCUUCCCUCUUUCCGAUCUCGACAAUUCCGACUGCAUCGAUCCCUCCUCUCUAGCUCCGUCUCUCCUUAGACGCCCCGAUGAUUUUAAAAGCCAAACACGAAGGAAUCGGCCCGUCUCUGCCCAAUUGCCUUGUCAACUUUCGAUUACAGUGAUCCCUCGAUACGACGACGGACCUCCUCGAUAUAACGCCACCGACUUUGAUGCCAUUGUUCGUCUUCAACCGCGUAUGUGGACUUUGCAUUGAACUCCCGAAGUAAGAAACGAAGCACGAGUCGAGUGUUCUUAAGGCUACAAAAGUGUAAGUGACGUAUGAAAAUUGUAUGGUAGUGAUUAUGUAGCGAAGGGAGAGCUCUAUCGCAAUUAUCGCGCACCUGGUUAUAUAGGUGCAGUAGAACCUCAUUUAUCUGGGGACAAGACAGGUUUGAUAAAGUAAGUGUUCGGAUGAUAGAGGUCCACUAGCUAAGCCCUUCGUGAGCCCUUCAUCACGGACCUCCACGCUCGACCGUGGCUCAGGUGAUAGAAGUUAAGGGGUACUAGAGGAUACUAGUCGGAAAUGAUCGACUUAGACUUCAUCGACACUAGUUUUGACCGACACCAAUUGCCACUAAUAUUGAUCGUGAUGUACAUUAUCUACGUGGAGAAUUACAUACAUUGUAGUAGAUAAAUCUUUGAAUUGAACGCAUAGGAUGUGUAUCGCGUCGAUGAUAAUAUUCAAUGUCAUCGAUAUUGGUGUCGGUGAAGUUUGUUUCGGUGAUUCCUAUGGGACCCAGUCCCCCAGACCAACAUCUUCCAUGCUAAUCCGUGCAACGUUGAACACAUCUACGACAAAAAUGCGUAUAGUUAUGAAAACGAAGCUUGAUUUCUUUUUUAUUCGACGAUAUCUAAACGAAAUAAAUUCAAUAAGGGUCCUUACGAGUUUGUAUAUCCAAAGCUAAGUAUGAUUUUGCUCUUCUAAACGAGGUUCUACUGUACGUAUCUAUCCCACGUGUCUAUCCCACGGAUCGAGAUAAAAAAUAAAUCGAUUCCCCGAAAGUAGAGUUGCUUAUCUCGAUGAAUUGCUUAUCCUCGAUGUAACGCGAGUAGGUUCGUUUAGCGACGUCGUAUAGAGGGAUUAUUGCGUUUCGAAUUUGCGAGACAAGCCGUCGGGUCGACGUGAAACACGCCCGAAGCCGAGGUCGACGAGAGGAAAGGAAGUUGACAAUGAUUAGUAUCGUUAAGGAAAUAGCGGUAAUCGAUUUAAGUCGUAAUAGAUAAGGGACAAGGAUAGUUAACGGAGACGGUUUCGCGGCUAACGAAGACGAAACGAGUUGAACGGGCAAGAAAAGGCGGAGAAAGUUCGAAAAACAAGGAACAAGCGAAAACGAAAGUCGAACGCCGCAGGAUUGCCUGCUGGACUUCGGGUUUUUUUUUCCUCUCUUUUUUGGUUUCGGUAAUCCCGAGCGCAUUUCGGUGUGUACUUGUUUCAGGGUUUGGGCGUGAAUCAACGAAUUAAUUCGUUAAAUUAAUAGUGAACUUUAAUUUAAUCGAAUUAAUUAAAUUUAUUUGACGGUUGGAGAAAUUGGUCUUGAAAAUUUACUUUGGAAACUCGACAAAGUAAUAAAGUUUAUAACUUUAUUAUUCCUUCAAGCAUCCAAAUAAAUCGCUGAAUCCACAUCGCCGAUUAACACUAAACCAACCAUAGAUAAAAUGGCUGGUCUUAAAGACACUUUUUUUUCGAUCGAAUGCAAAAAUAUUGAAUUGAAUAAUACAUACAUGAAUUGUACGCAAGAACAGUACACAAAAAUUUGGAGAAAGUCGCUUGACCCCUACCGGUAGGUUUUGUGUUAAUUUAAUCAAGGAUUGAGCCCAGCGACUAAUGAUCGCAUCGACUCAUUUAGAUUAACGAUUAUUAAUUUUAAUCGAGUUCCUUGAUUAAGAGUUGGCCAACGCUGAUUUAUCCAAUUCGUUCCGCCUCUUCGUGUGGAAGAAACGAUCAAUUGAUCGCCAAUGUGGCAUAUCACGACUUUUAUUUCGCGUCCAACGAAGCGUGCGCUUUUAUUCGCUACGAAAGGUGCUCCUCCGCGUGUUUCAUUCGCCCGAGCGAUACGCGUUCGAAUUCGCCCUCGCGGUCAAAUUGAUUUCCUGAAACGAAGAAGACCCCGAGAUGUCGCAGGGGAAACUAUGGCCAAGUUAACGCUUUUAGUCAUCCCGAAAUGACAAGACUCCAUUAAGGAACUAAAAUUAAUUACGACGGUGAAGCGUUAAUACUACGUUAAAUAGUUCGAUACUGCGACCAAUAUUAGGCUAUCUAAUUUUCAAUUGUCUCGAGACCAAAUUUUAGCUUUGUGGAAAUAUUCACGAGUUUUAGUUUGGCAGCCAAUGCGUUAAGGAUGCAUCCCCGGUCAGAAUUUCGAAUUUUAACGAAAGCAUGAGAUUUUUUUUCUAGAAGACUAGAAAUAUUUUUUAAUUUAAUUGACCACCCUUAACACUUUACCUACCUGUGGCAAUUCAAUAUAUAAUUAAAUUGAAUAAUAUUUUCUAUUUUCACAACAUCGGGGUACUACACAAUAUUUAUUUUACCUACUAGAAUUUUUCCCAGGUUAAUAUUGAUAAUACAUCGAAUAAUAUAACAUACGAUGUUAUCUCGGUAAUAGAUAACAAAGUAUCGAUUAAUUGGCUGCCAGUAGGUAAAGUGUUAAUAAAUAAACAUUGGUCGAUAUUUAAAAAAGAAGUCAUUCGAAAAUGAACCUCCUGUGAACAGUCUUACUGUACCAUAUCAGUCUCGAAUGUGUUUAAGUUAUUCCCGUUAAUUCUUUCGUUUUCUUUAUUUGAAUACACGGAUAUUCGAAUAACGAUGAUCGAAUAUUUAAAUGAUCCGGAUGUAUUUGCAGCGCUCGAACACCCGUCGAGUAUUCGCAUAUUAAAUUAUUCGCUCCGGCUCUGGUUCGCGAUCGAUCGUCGUGCGAACGAGAGGUUUCCAUAUCGAAACGAAAAAACAAAGAAAAAAGGCGAGAAACUAUCGAUAAAAGCUGCCGUGAACCCUUUGCGGUCCUAGGUCGAGCGAGACUCGACGGAAAUGUACGGAAAUUAGAGAACCGGGACCACGGAGGGUAAAAUUUUCGCAAUUGCUCGGACAAUGAUAUUUGUACGAUGAAAUCGAAGCACUGUAAAAAGUUAUGUACACGCCCCUCAUGCAUACAAUAACACUGUGCGCAUUCACACGGACACGUAACCCCGAUUUUGCGAUACUCGUUUCUGCACGCACCUCUUGUACCCACGGACCGUUUUCAGGAAGCAGGAUGCGUUUCCUUGUAUUUUUAUUUCCCCCCCUUUUUUUUUUGUAUCGAGUUCGCCUGUAGUCGACUAACUCGCUUUAAGGCCUUUUCUAUAUAUUUUCUAAUCGCAUAUUGUCGCUGCAACAGCGAGAGAGAAUAGCAGAAGGAAAGAGAGAGAGAGAGAGAGAAAGGGAUAAUAAUUGUCUUUCAUGCGUCCUGAUAUUUUUACUCCGUCAUCCUUCACGCGCAUAAAUUGUAUUAUAAUUCCUUGAUUCGUGCAUUUCGUCAUUCGUUGCAUCUAAUUUUAAUCCAUCGACUUUUAGCGAUAUUUACAUACGUACGUAUAUAUACACCCCCAUGAGCGUCUGUAUUCGAUCAUGUACCUCGAUUUGUAUAUAGAUAUAUAUAUAUAUAUAUAAAGGAAGAAAAAAGAUUUGACCCCGAGGGGGGACCGUUUUAUUAAAGCGA